ACGUUUGCCAUAAGUAUCAUCAUAUGGGCGCAGUCAGAAUCCGGCAGCGUAAAGACGGAGGGCAGCGAUUAAGCACUGGGAGAAAAGGACGUUAACCUGCACGAGCUACAGUGGGCGGGCCCAUCCAACCAGCUAAACUGUUUUUUUUUCUUCACUUCUGCUUCCUCUAAGGAAGUAAGAAGGCACAUGACCAGAGCCCAGCUGAUGUGAGAAGCUCACUUUGUUCAAAGUUCAGUCUGCUUAAUGCAGAUUUGUAGGCGGCAGGUAGUCAUUCACAAGUGACCACAUAGCAGGCAUUAGUCAUGUCCUAGCAGGUCUCUGCUUGUGCUUAUAUUACUGACAUGGAAACACAGAGAGACCACAGUUGGGGGAACAGCUGAAGCACCAACAACCCAGAUGACAGUGUGUCCUCACUGAGCUUGGAAACCCCCCAAUGGCUCUCACGCAAGUUCAGGAUCCAAACAUUAAAGGAGAGAGGAUCAAUAAAGAAACUGGAGAGCUGAGUGCCUCAGGAGAGUUGACAAACUCUGUGGCGCUGAAGGAACAGAAGGUGGAAGUUUCUGGUAAUAAUGCUGGACUUUCAGCGGAAGUCCGAGAACUGCUGCAGGAACUGGGUAUUUACACAGGCCAUCGCUCUGACGACAGAACUGAGCACGUUGAUCCCGAUCAGAGGGCGAAACAUCUGGUCAAAGUCUUACCUCUCUACAUACAGGCCUGCGAGGAUGGAGGGAGACUGGAAAGUUUGGAUGUGCAGGGCCUGGCUGCUCUCACUGCUGACACCGUCAUUGUUAACCUCCAGAGCAGACUGGCAGAGAAACCUGCAGAGGGCGCUCGUAAAGAGGUGGUGGAAUUUUUCCACUUUGUGGACGAAGAUGAAAAGAGUAAAGAAGGACACAGUCUGGGCUGGAAGCUGUUGAAGGCCCUGGUGCUGCUGACAGCUGACAGUUCAGAUAUACUAUCGUGUUUAAAUCCAGGACUUCCUGUGACUUUGGUGAAGUGUCUGUACCUCCUCGUCUGCCUUCCAGCGACACAGGAGAACCAGGCCACAGAGGAGAGUUUUCAGGAGCCACUGACACAGGUUCUCCUCCAGCUCUGUCGACGGCCAGUCAAUGUGGAAAAACUGGUGGAAACUCAGGAACUGCAGUGUCUCAUCAUUGGCCUAACAUCCUUAUGGGAUCAGACCAGCGCCCCCUGGAGACACCAGGCCUCUCGAGUGCUGAAGGCCGUCUCUGCUGUAGCAACGAGCAACACUGUGCCCAGCUUGUUAGAAAAGAACUGUGUACGGAUCUGCAUCCAGAACCUUCUGAGCAUCCAUGCUGACGUCUCAGGAUCUCUGCUCGCUGAAGUGGCAGUGGCCGUGUUUAGCUUCAUUAGAGACACAUAUUCCCUCAAUCCAGCCCUGUUUCUGGAGUUUGACACCCACGGCGGCUAUGAGGCGCUGGAACACAUCCUGAAACGCUGUGAGGACGGGGUCUCCGAGGAUUAUUUCCAGCCUGUGGAGGAGUUGCUGGCUCUUAUAGCAUCCUUCACGUCCUUUGGAAAAACGGAGCUGAAAGUGGCCGUGUGUGUCACCAACCCCCAGCCUCCGAGCUUCAAGUUUGAUCCACCGCUCACCAAAGGCUUUGCUGUGAAGAACCUGCAGGCCUACCGCCUGCUGCAGGCCUCCCUGCUGCGCUCCCAGGACUGCCUGCUAUGCUGCCAGCUUCUAAGAACCAUUCAGACAAUUUGGGAGAGGGAUCCUGCUAAUUUCUUCCUCUUGGAGUGGACCGUCCAGUCCAUGGCCCAGGUGGCUGCCUGUGUGUGGUCAAAACCAGUGCCUGUGCAGAAACUCUUCUUUUCACAAGUAGAGAUGGUGGUCUACAAGAUGACCUACAUCCCCCACGAGACCUUGCAUGCCCUGUUGGGUUCUCUGAAGAAGAUCUGGACCGGGACUCUGGCGGGAGGGGCAGCAGGGUUAGAAUUUGGAGUGGUGGCAUUAAAAUCCUUCGACAGGUUGACCAUGCACAGUGCCAUGUUGGCUGAGGUCUUCAGUGACUCUGGUCUUUUGGAGAUGCUGCUCACUGAACUUCGUAGGAGAGCUAAGAUCAUCAGAAAGACUGGAGGCGGCUCUUCCACUCAGACAAAACCGCAGCAACUUCCAUGUGUGGAAGACACCGACCGACUGCUCACCACCUGUAUGCUAGAAGUUGUGGCAACUCUCACACUGCGUUCCAUUAAAAACACAGUUUCAGUGCGAGACUUUGGAAUGGUUCCUUACAUUAAGAUCUUCUUGGACGAGGGUCAGUACCGAGGUCCCACCCUCAGCAUCUUGGAGCAACUUGCUGAGGUCAACCCUGAGGAGUUCAUGAGUACAGCCAUCGGAGCCAUCUGCUCCUCAACACAGCAGGAGCUGGGGCUGAAGCGGGACCUCUUGCAGUCUGUGUCGAAAGUACUGGACAACCCCAACAGCUGGGACGCUUUCAGGAGAGCGGGAGGCUUCACCGGCCUCCUGUCUGUGGUCAUCGACAUGGAAGGAGCGCUUUCUGACCCACCAGCAGGGGACGUGUGGAGGACAUUUGAACACCAACAGCUGCUGGACCUUCUCCUGCUCAAUGUUAACGUCAUGACCUUGGCUGUACAUCUUCACUCAGUCAAUGCACACCAUUUUGAGACUGGUGGCUUUUACGAAAGGCUGGCUGACGCUCUGCUACAGCUGGGCUGCUUCCACGCCAAAAGCCCAGAGAAGGAAAUGUGGGAUGGAGAGCACAGCUUCUCCCCAAAGACACCUGUGGACAGCUGCUCAGAUGAAAAGAGUUUCCAUCAGUUUGGGGAGUGGGCAGAAGCCAGUGACUCUCCUUCCUCCUCCACACCUGAGCCCAGUCUUCCUGUUUCUCUGCGCACGUGUAUAAAGCUGCUCUCCUUCCUUGAUCGGUUUGCAGCAGGAGUCUUCCCUCUUCUAAACUUAAGAUCAGAUCAUGAGCACGUGCAUGAUACAGAUAAUGAGACGUCUGGACUUGAAGGCAUUUAUUCAGAGACACCACCAAUCCACCCGAGAUCAGGAUCACAGUCAACGGUGGACACACAAACCAGAAGUACGGUUUCUCCCUACAGUCGGUUGACUUGCGAUCACGUUAUUCUUCAUCCAGGAGCUAUCAGAGUUAUAAUGACUCUCCUACCAGCAGUGUUUACACCUGACGACCCACAGCUCUCCAUGGAGGUCCAGUUGUCCCUUGGGAGCCAUGUCCAAGCUCUGGUCAAACCUGAGAGAAAUCGUCAGAUCAUGUGCGAGGGUGGGCUGCUGCCUACUUUACUGGGCCACUGUCAGCACAUGCUUCUGAAUCCAAACCACCCAUUACAUCUGUCUGUUACAAGGAUCCUGGAAAAACUGUCCUCCCAGGCCAUCACACAUUCAGACUUCAGAAAGUUCCUCUCUUUAGCCAACCCCCUACAGCACUUGACAGCAGCGCAGUCACAGCCAGCUUCUCUAUCACAUGGCCGUCGCAGAGACACAGAUGCCUCAUCCAGUUCAUCAGGGAAAAAAACGAAGCGGAACUACAGCUUGUUGCCAUCCUCUGAUGGAUCACCCAUCCCUGUCCAUCAGAUCAUUAGUCUGGUGUCCAUGACAUCCCCACGCACCUUCAGGCCACACCGACUCUCUACAUCACCUGCAUUUGUUGAAUUUGACAUGAGUGAGAGUGGAUACGGCUGCCUCUUCCUGCCCACGCUGGCCACAGUCAAAGGAGUAACUGCUGACUCCAUCUCAACUGGUGGAAUUGGAGGAGACUGCCGAGGAUUCCCCCCCACAGCUGGUCUCUCUUUUUCCUGCUGGUUCCAGAUCAACAGGUUCAGCUCAGCCUGUGAUUCUCACCCGAUCCGUCUGCUGUCGGUGGUUCGCCACAUGUCCCGCACCGAACAGCAGUAUAUCUGCUUGUCUAUCUCCUUCUCAGCCUAUGAUGGCUGUCUGGUCAUCUCCACAGAGGAGGAGGCAUUCACUUACCUGGACAUGAUGGAGCCAGAAAUUUGCACUCCUACCUCGUUGCCUGCAUCACUGAGGUUGCGAUGCUCCAGCAUGCUGGUCCCAGGUCAGUGGCACCAUCUGACUGUAGUCAUGGCCAAAGAUGUGAAGAAGAGUUGUCUGACCUCAGCCUAUUUCAAUGGAAAGCUGUUUGGCACAGGGAAGAUGAGAUACAUCCAGCCAUUCCCUGGUCAGUACGUCUCGAUGGAACCCACAGCUUUGGUUGACGUCUUUGGUCUGAUCGGAACGCCAUUUCUCUGGAAGGAGCGUGCGGCUCUGGUGUGGCGAGUGGGGCCAUGUUACCUGUUUGAAGAGGCUCUGAGUCCUGAGGCUGUGGGACUCAUUUACUCACAAGGCACCACUUACCUGGGCAACUUCCUGGAUCUGUGCAACACAGAAGGGGAGUCUGUCCCUCAGCGUCUGGUUCCUGAGGAAAGGAUCUCAUUUGGGAUCAAUCCGUCUAUUUCCACCUUAACUACUGUUGUGCAGAUCAGAGAUGACUACAACGAGGUGGACUGCAGGCUGAUUGCUAAAGAGAUGGAAAUAACGUCUCGUGAUAACUCCACGCCUGUAUUUCUUGCUCGUAAUAUCAGCCAGCACCUGAGCGGCACAGCUCGCACAAUUGGAGCAGCACUGAUUGGACAUUUUGGCGUGCGUACAUUCACUCCCAGCAGUGCAUCCAAUGGUUUCCUGUAUGUUGGCGGACCGGCUCUUGUUCUGGGUCUGGUUGCGAUGGCACCAGACGACAGCUCUUUGUAUGCAGCUGUGAAGGUUCUCCUCUCUGUGCUGGAGACCAACUCUGUCAUGCAAGAGGAAAUGAACCGCAUCGACGGAUACAAGAUGCUAGCUUUCCUGCUCAAGAUGAAGAGAAAACUGAUCAGCAACAGAACUGUACAGCUGGUUCUGUGUCUCACAAGUUCUCAGGAGCUGAACUCUGGCUCUGGGUUUGUCCAAAACAUACCUGCUUUCAAAGCUUUGCUGUGCGACCUGGACGUUUGGAAGGACACAUCAGAUAAUCUGGAUCUCUCAGUUCUGAACCAUUUUACGGAAAUCCUCAAAACAUCAAGCAGUGGCAGCAUGAAUGCAGCACUCAUGCACAGCAUUGGUCUGAUACCAAAGCUGCUCUAUAAACUGUCUGACUGCAUGAGUGCUCAUGGGAAAGUUAAGACUAUUUCCUGUGUCAUCACAUCACUCCUCAAAAUCCACUUCACCACUCUGGACUUGAGCAGGCUUGGUCUCUUCAUGGUCUACACACUCCCUCCUCCCAGCAACAGGAGUGAAGCCAUGGAAGUAUCUGACGAUGAUCUCUCAGAGGAGGUUUUAGCUCAGAGUUCUGGUCCGGUCGGCUUCAUCUGGAUCCGCAACCAGCUGUUACUGUCUCUCUGUGAACUCCUCGUCUCAGACGGCCUCCCUGAAGAUCAGCAGAAGCAGGCGUUCGAUUCCCUGGGCAGUGAUUGGCUCCUGCUCUUCCUUCUGCCCCACCUUCACCCAUCGACGGUGAAACUGAGUCUCGUCCUGCUCACAUCCUGUCUGUCCAAUCAGGAGCAGCAGAGCAGCUUCAGAGAAGCAGUGAUUCCAGCAACACUCAUCGACAGCAUGGAGGAACCUAUAGACAACCUUCAGGCUCAUUCUUGGUCUUAUGAGUGUCCAAGCACCACGUGUGGAGGCUUCGAUGUUCUGCGGCAGCUGCUGAUCACUCACUCGCAGCUGCCUCAGGUGUAUGAAGCUCUGGCCGCUUUGUUGCUACGGAGAAAAUUGAGUCAGACGUCGGACGCAAAGGUGAAAUUAGAUGAAACCCUGCAGUCGCUGAUUGAAUCUCAGGCCGACUGUCCUGCUCAGCAGCUCUGUCCUGAAGCUGCGACGAUUCUGCUGGAGUUGGUCAAAAACACCAUAACAAAGCCACAGUCCACGUCAGGCACCGAUGCAUCAUGGUUACUGCAGCUCCCGGCCAGUGUCAUGCAGUUCCUGUGUCUCCUCCACAGUCUCCGACCCCGAGAUCCACUGUGGGCAUCCCAGGAGUUCCUGCACACACUUGCAGGAGUUGUGUUUCCUCUGGACAUCUCUGAGAGUAAUGGUGAGGAUACAGUGAAGAGUUUUCAAACCAGGAAACCAGUGUGUGACUUCAUCAGAAUACUGCUCAUGGACAGUCUUCUCAACCUGCCCUCCAACAGCAGCUCCUGUCCUCUAGUUCAGCUGCUGGAGUUUGCCCCUCACGAUGCACUGCUGGAGCAGAUUCAGAGUUUCCAGACCGAGCUGCUGGAGCUGGUAAUGGACAUCGUCCAGAUGCUCAGCCAGGACCAGGAGCAAAACACUCAUCUGAGUUCACAGGACUCCAGGCAGUCGGGUGACGGAGCUUUGAGCAUGCUGAUGGACAAUGUGGUGGUCUUUGGUAAGACCAUGCUGCAGAAGCUCUACGGUGGAACGUUCUUAGCAGACCCCGAGGUUCUGCUCAACUUCCUCGCUGAUCAGAUUGUGGUGGCUCUGGAGAAAGGCCAAACCCAGAAAGAGAAGACGCUGUCAUCACUGUACUCCUGCACCAACGAAGUCCUGCUCUAUUUCUUAUCUCAACCUCGUCAGUCACCUGAAGAACAGCAAAGGAUCGUCCUGACGUUACACACCGUCAUGGCUCGCUGGGACGUUAUUAUGGCCACGUACAACGCAAACGUCAGCUUCAUCUCGUGUCUCCUCCAUUGUCUGUUACUCAUACGAUCUGGCAGCUACCUGGAUGGUUUUGGAUGCCUGGUGCAAAAAGUGCACAGGAGAAAGUCUUCAUUUCACCUGUUUUCUCCUAGAAUCCGACGGUCUGAAGUAUUCAACAUCAACAGAGCAGUGAAGAACACAGGUGAGGGAGAACUGGUGUGUUUGGUGGAGUCCUGCUGGUCCAAAGUCAUGGCAGAGAGACAACACACUCUGGAGGAGACCUACAAGUUAGAGCUCUCGGCCGCCAACGGCUCAGAGACGGGCUCGGUCAGCAUGGCAGAUAUCAGCCCUCUGUGGGAGGAAACUGCACAUAAAGCCUGGCAGCUGCACACAGAGAGUCAGAGGAAGAAGGUGGGCGUCAGCUCCCAGAAGAAGCUGGAUGUGAUCAGCAGUGCCGUUCGCUCGGUUCUGACCAGGCCGGGCAGAGAGUCGCUGACGGUUGAGGAGUUCCUGACCUGUGUGGAGUCACAUCGACAGAGAGGCCACGUCAUUUUUGAGAAAAUGAAAACAAAUCACUUACAGCUACAGGCCAGUGACUGGGAGCGAGUGAGCUCAAAGUGGCUGAGUCUUGAAGCAGAGCUGCUGAGGGAGAGAGCUUUUUUUGGACCCGGACCAGGAGUUCUGCUCAAACAAGACUGGGUCCAAGAUGCGGCCGAGGGACCCAACAGGACCAGAUUACGGCUACGCAGAAAGGCACUACGACGAUCCAGACAGAUCCUGGGAAGAAUGAGUCUGGGUUUAAGGACUGGUGCAUCUGAGGAAACUACCAGUAAAACAGAUGACACAGAGGCUGAGACCGUGUUUGAAGUUGGCGCCGAAGCAAAGGAGGAUUUCGAGGAGGGUGAAAAGGAUCGCCUGACCUUUUUCCCAGUUUUAAAUGAAACACCUGCGCUUACUGACAGUCUCCACGACUCCACGCCCCCCAGACCCUGCUCCCAAAGACAAGACUGCUCUGACCUGCGCGUAAUCAUGCAGGAGUUGCACCCAGAAGAAAAGGUUAAAGCCAAGAUGUCUGUGGUGAUGGUGAGCGGCCUCAGAGUGGCAGAAGGAGUGCUGCUGUUCAGCAAAGACGCGUUACUUCUGUGUGAGGGCUUCACGCUCAAUCCAUCUGGAGAUGUGUGUUGCAGGAAACACCACCCCAGCAGUGUCAAGGACUCCUUCAUGUCCACCAUGCUGAGUAAAGAGCUGUCUCCAGCCCGCUGCAGAAGCUGGCUCUAUGAGGACAUCAAGGAGGCUCACUUCAUGAGUUUCCUCUUGGAGGACAAUGCCAUAGAGGUUUUCAUGAAUAACGGACACUCAGUAUUCCUGGUUUUUCUAAACAAAGACCAUGUCAAUGCCUAUAAAAGACUUUGCUCAUUGGUGCCAGCAUUAAAAGGCAGAGGGUCUGCUGAGAUCAUCGCUAACGCCAGAAAGACUCCUGUGGUUGAAAAGGCAGCUCUGGUUAAAUGGCAGAAAGGGGAGAUCAGUAACUUUGAGUACUUGAUGCAUCUGAACACCAUCGCUGGACGGACGUACAACGACCUGAUGCAGUACCCAGUAUUUCCCUGGGUCUUAGCAGACUACCACUCAGAGACACUUGAUCUGUCAAAUCCUGCAACUUUCCGUGAUUUGUCCAAACCAAUGGGAGCUCAGACGGAGAAAAGGAAACAGAUGUUUAUCCAGAGAUAUGAGGAGGUGGAGAACAGCGAGGGUGAAGGAGAAUUGUCAGCUCAGUGUCACUACUGUACCCACUACUCCUCAGCCAUCAUCGUGGCGUCCUACCUUGUCAGAAUGGAACCGUUUUCACAGACUUUCCAGGCUCUGCAGGGAGGCUUCGACAUCGCAGAGCGGAUGUUUUACAGUGUGAAGUCGGAGUGGGCGUCGGCCUCCAGAGACAACAUGGGAGACGUCAGAGAGCUGAUCCCAGAGUUCUUCUACCUGCCGGACUUCCUGCUAAACUCCAACAACAUACCACUAGGCUGCAUGGAGGACGGUACCGUUCUAGGUGACGUUGAGCUUCCACCGUGGGCGAAAGGCGACCCCCAGGAGUUCAUUAGAAUCCAUCGAGAGGCCUUGGAAAGUGACUAUGUGAGUCAUCACCUCCACCAGUGGAUCAACCUCAUUUUUGGGUUUAAGCAACAAGGUCCAGCCGCUGUAGAAAGUCUGAACACUUUCCACCCUUACUUCUACGUCCAUAAACGCCAACCCAAUCCUAAGGACCCACUCAUAAGGAACACAAUGCUGGGAUACAUCAGCAACUUUGGCAAGGUCCCCAAACAGCUUUUCAACAAACCACAUCCACCCCGCUUCAGCUCCAAAAAAGAUGGAUCAUCGACACCUCAUCCAACUCCGUUUUUCUUUCGACUGGACAAACUAAAGACCUCAGUACAGACGUUCAGAGAGCUACGGAGAGGCCCAGUAGGUCAAAUACUGUGUCUGGAAAAAGAGGUGUUGGUGCUGGAGAAGAACCGUCUCCUCCUGUCGCCCUCGUCCUCCUGCUUCUUCAGCUGGGGGUCUCCUGACAACAGCUGUGCCUUUGGGAACUACGUCACAGAGAAGAUCUUUGCAGUGUCCGAGGGUCUGCGCGGAUGGGGAACUACGUUGUGUGCGGCCUGUCCUAACUCCACGACAGUCAUCACAGCCGGAACCAGCACCGUGGUGUGUGUGUGGAGAGUAACUGUCGCCAAGGAUAAACUCACACACAUGAAACUCAGAAAGCCUUUAUACGGUCACACAGAUUCAGUCACGUGUCUGGCGGUGUCGGAGGUUCACAACAUGGUCGUCAGUGGCUCCUGUGACCUCACCUGUAUCCUGUGGGACUUGGAGGAGCUGAGCUACAUCACACAGUUAACGGGUCACACGAACAGCAUCUCAGCACUGGCUAUCAACGAUCUCACAGGUGAAAUUGCUUCAUGCGCGGGGCCUGAGCUCUACCUGUGGACCAUGAAGGGUCAGCUGUUGAGCAGCAGCGACACUUCCUCAGGGCCUCGGGCAGAUAUCCUGUGUGUCUGCUUCAGUCAGAGACACGAGUGGGAUUCCAGGAAUGUCAUUGUUACCGGUUGUACCAACGGUGUCAUGCAGAUAUGGAAGACGGAGUACACCGCAACACAAUUACCUGGCCCUCCAGAAGAGCCCGUGUCCCCAGGGCAAGACCGAGCGGAGAGAGACGUGAACAGCACACGCAGGGAUAAAUGCUGGGAGAGACGUCUGGUGCUGUGUCGAGAGCUGAGCAGAAGUCAGGUGAUGUCACAACGACCCUCCAGACGAAACCCGGCCAUUACAGCUCUGGCUAUGUCCAGGAGCCAUGCUACUCUGUUAGCUGGCGAUGCCUGGGGCAGAGUCUUCACCUGGACGUGUGAGGCAUAGAUGGGAAUGUAUGGACACUAUCACUGCUGGUCAGCCUUGACUCUCACAGACAGACUCAGACAGGGAGAACACUUCAGUACCAGCUGUGACAGCAGGAUCCAGAUCGGUGGUGGAGUGAAAUGUUACUACAUUUGUCACAGUCUCGUCUCAGGCAAUAAAUAACACUUUCUUUUCUGAUGGGUGAUGUUUAAAUCUGUAUGUUUGUGUAAAUAGUGUAUCUUUGGAUUAUUAAACUGCCAAUGUACAUUUGCCUCAUUUUUUUCUAAAAUAAAUAAAUAAAAUUAAUUCAAA